AUAUUUGGUGGAAUAGAUCUCAAAAUGUCCAACUUGGAGACCCAAAAUCUCAUUGACCAUCCGGCCACCACUCACCACCAUCCACAACCAUCACCAGAAACCACCCUGAAAAAACCACCCAACCCAAUAACAUCACUCAUACUCCAACCAUUCCAAUGGAUACAAAUGCUAUCUUCCGAGCUCAACCCAUCAUUCAUUCUCGGAAUAUUCCUUAUUUACGGCCUAAGUCAAGGCUUCUCGGGCUCUUUCUUUAAAGUCGUUACAGACUAUUACUGGAAAGACGUUCAAAAAGUACAACCUUCAAAGGUACAACUCUUUGUAGGGUUGUACCAUAUUCCUUGGGUCAUGAAGCCCGUGUGGGGCCUCAUGACCGACGUCUUUCCAGUAAUGGGUUACAGAAGGCGACCAUAUUUUAUCAUUGCAGGGGUUGUGGGAGUGGUAGCAGCUACUAUAGUGGCAGAGGGUGGUGCAAGGGUGGGAAUAGCCACGGCGUUGUGGUGUUUAAUAGCGAUAUCAGCAGGUAUGGCGAUGGCGGAUGUGACUAUCGAUGCUUGCAUUGCAAGAAACAGUAUCGAGUUAAAAUCAUUGGCUCCAGACAUGCAAAGUCUAUGUGGAGUGUGCUCAUCUGCUGGUGCACUAACUGGUUUCGCAACCAGUGGUUUCUUUAUUCAUCAUAUUGGUCCUCAGAUUGCCUUGGGACUUUUGGCAAUUCCAGCAGCAUCACAAAUAUUCUUAGGAUUUGUGAUAUAUGAUAAGAAAACAUCUGACGACCCGUCAACAAAGAAAAGACAGGCAAUGGAGAACCUUGGAGGAGCAAUAAAAGGCAUGUAUGAGACCAUCCAAAUACCUCAAGUCUGGAAGCCUUCUCUUUACAUGUAUCUUUCUUUGGCUCUUAGUUUUAGUACUCAUGAAGGCCAGUUUUAUUGGUACACUGACCCUAAAGCAGGUCCAGCAUUUUCUCAGGAACUGGUUGGGAUGGUACAUGCAAUUGGCGCGUUGGCUUCCAUUGUUGGAGUUUUAGUCUACCACAAGCUCCUCAAAGACUACCCGUUUCGAAAAUUACUAUUUUUUGCUCAGCUCGUGUAUGGCCUAUCUGGGUUUCUCGACCUAAUGUUCAUCUUACGGUGGAAUCUCGCUCUUGGGCUUCCUGACUACCUAUUUGUGGUCUUGGAAGAAUGUGUAUCCCGGAUAGUGGCUAGGGUUAGGUGGAUGCCUAUGGUCGUACUAAGCACAAGUUUGUGUCCAAUAGGCAUUGAAGGCACCUUCUUCGCACUUUUAAUGAGCAUUGAUAGCCUCGGUUCACUUUCUUCUAAGUGGGGAGGUGCAAUAGUUCUUCAUGUGUUUCACGUCACAAGAACCGACUUCACAAACUUAUGGCUCGUGAUUCUUAUUAGAAAUCUCAUGAGAAUUAUAACAUUGGGUUUUAUUUUUCUUGUCCCAAAUACCGGUCGCUUGGAUGUACAAACUCCAGCUGAUGUAUUGCAAUCAGAAAGCAAAGCUACAAAUGUUGAAACAAACGACCACAACUUGCAACUAUUGCCCUUAAACAAAAGAGAAGAGGUUUGAUUGUAUAUAACUACAAUUAGAAGUUAUAGAAGACUAUUAAACUUUGUAACUCUGUUGUCAUAUGGAUAAAUUUAAGAUCGUAUACGUGUAUUAUUAACAGGUAAUGACUUCUUCUGUAUCAUGUCUACUAACCUAAUGGCCUAAAGUUGGACCGCCCUGGGAUACUUUC